AUGCACGAUGUGAUUAUUCGAAGCUUGAAAAAGGCUGGAAUCCCUGAGAUAUCGAAGCCUUUCCAUCACGUCGCCACCUUUCUUCUAAACCCAAGCAAGGGUGUUGAAAAUUCGCAACCUCUUAAUACUAGCGUUGACCUAGGCAUUCCCAACGUUGUCCUUACACCAUCUCAUGGAGUCAGCAAAAGACAGCAGGAAAACACGUAUCAAAAUGAGCGACCGAAGAUACCAAGACUGUCAGCAGUGGAAUUCUCAUACAGAUCUCAAUACAAUCAAUUAGGCGAAGAGCUUGGAGAGGUAAUAUUACCAAAGGGCGCUUCGACUGAAGGGCAGCUUGGGCAAGGUCUAGAGAGCAGGACCAGUGUUUCACAAGUAACAUUGUUGAAAAACUCGACAAAUCCUCAUCUGCAACAGUCUAUCCAAACCGCACUUUAUCAAAGCAAGAACCCGGAACAAGGCGUAGGAAGUACCAAGAGCCCCAGCUCCCAACCAAGCCCAACUUCUGACGCCAGUUGCGUGUUUGGACGAAGUAUCGAAGUGGAUCAAAGACAAACAACAUCAACCAUCGCGCAGGACUCUGAUUCAGUUUUGGGCGGGGGCUCAAAUACAUUUACUGGCUUACCUAUCACUCGGCUACCAUGGGGACCUGUAUACCAAGGAAAGGCAACGGUAGCCCGCUUAGACGACUUGGAGAAGGUUCUAGGACACCGUCUCCUUGAAUACAUGGAAACAAGUGACGUGAGAUGUCGAGAAAACAACAGGGGCGACACUGGCCCUCUCAGGGUCACUUCUGCAGUAUGUCUGUAUUUUCAGGCACAAAGCGAGAAGGAUUUUAUGUUGGAAAUCUCACUGGGUCGCUUGAUUGGGGAAGCUAUCUCGCAGAGUCUGAACUCUGUUGAGUACCUAGAGACGUUGCUGGGCGAAUAUCUUUUCGCGAGUAUGAUGGCUAGCAUGCAGAGGGAGGAAGAAAAAAAGAGAGGAAUGCUUGCAUCUACUAGCGCUGCAAAGGUAACCUUUCCUUCUAGCAACGGAAGUAACGAUGACUUUAAAUUACAGUUGAUGGUCAGCAACAAGCGGGGCCGUGAAAUAUGGAAAAUUGCAUUCUAA